AUGCUGUUUCUAAUUGCUUCUAUAUCCUUAUUUGGCUUUUUAAAGCAUGAUAAGAAGCCAUCUAGCAAUAUUCAAUCAAAUGAAGCUUUAGAUAGUGUUAGAAAUACAAACUCCCUAAAAUCCGAAUCAAAUAUAAUUUCAAAUGAAGCCGACAAACAGAUAAAUUACGUUUCAGAUAACAUCAACAAAACUUUAAUAAAUCGAAAUAUUAAUCAAUUAAUUACGAAUGUUGAAGUUGAAUUACCUCGAAUUGAACUCUUAGAAGAAGGAGAUGCAAAAGCUGAUACAUCAUCUUCAUCAAGUUCAUCAAGUGAAGAUUCCUCUUCAUCUUCUUCAUCAAGCUCAGAAAGCGAAUCAUCAUCUUCCUCCUCCUCUUCAUCGGAAAGUGAAACUACCUCAUCUUCAUCUACAGAGAGUGAAACAACUUCAUCCUCAUCCUCUACAGAAAGUGAAACAACUUCAUCCUCAUCCUCUACAGAGAGUGAAACUACCUCAUCAUCAUCCUCUACAGAGAGUGAAACAACUUCAUCAUCAUCCUCUACAGAGAGUGAAACAACUUCAUCAUCAUCCUCUACAGAGAGUGAAACUACCUCAUCCUCAUCCUCUACAGAAAGUGAAACAACUUCCUCAUCAACAUCUACAGAGAGUGAAACAACUUCAUCUUCAUCAACAUCUACAGAGAGUGAAACUACCUCAUCAUCAUCCUCUACAGAAAGUGAAACAACUUCAUCCUCAUCCUCUACAGAAAGUGAAACAACUUCAUCCUCAUCCUCUACAGAGAGUGAAACUACCUCAUCAUCAACAUCUACAGAGAGUGAAACUACCUCAUCCUCAUCCUCUACAGAGAGUGAAACAACUUCAUCCUCAUCCUCUACAGAAAGUGAAACAACUUCAUCCUCAUCCUCUACAGAGAGAGAAACUACCUCAUCAUCAACAUCUACAGAGAGUGAAACUACCUCAUCUUCAUCCCCUACAGAGAGUGAAACAACAUCUUCAUCAAUUUCCACUUCCACUUCCUCAGAGAGUGAGUUAUCAAUCUCCACCUCAACAAGUUCAGAGAGUGAGUCAUCAAUCUCCACCUCAACAAGCUCAGAGAGUGAGUCAUCAAUCUCCACUUCCACUUCCUCAGAAAGUGAGUCAUCAAUCUCCACUUCCACUUCCUCAGAAAGUGAAACAUCAAUCUCCACCUCAACAAGUUCAGAAAGUGAAACAUCAAUCUCCACUUCCACUUCCUCAGAGAGUGAGUCAUCAAUCUCUACCUCAACAAGUUCAGAGAGUGAGUCAUCAAUCUCCACUUCCACUUCCUCAGAGAGUGAGUCAUCAAUCUCCACUUCCACUUCCUCAGAAAGUGAAACAUCAAUUUCCACUUCCACUUCCUCAGAGAGUGAAACAUCAAUUUCCACUUCCACUUCCUCAGAGAGUGAAACAUCAAUUUCCACUUCCACUUCCUCAGAAAGUGAGUCAACAGAAUCUACUUCAUCUUCAUCUUCAUCAGAAUUCAUAUACAUACCAACACCUGAAUCAACACCCAAAUCGACUCCUGCAUCAACUCCAGCUAGAUCACCAUAUCCAACUCCACUUCCAAUUACAACCCCAUCUCCAUCCCCUGCUCCAAUCGAAGGUAAUGCAGUUUUCUGCGCCUAUGGCGGUGUCUCCAAGUACUGUCCAGCUGGAGUCACAACAGUUGUCCUUGGCGAAGUUGAGAACUAUGUCAAAUCAAUCUCAAUUUCUUCUGACACCAGACUUCUCAUCUACGUCGCAGGCGUUGGCACAGCUACAUUAAAUCUUGCCAAGUUCACUGGAUACGAGAUAAACAUCACUGGCUGCGACAACAACGCUAUCACAGCUAAAGUUACAUUACCAGAUACAUACUCCAAGCUUCUCUUCACAGAUUUCAUUUUAUCUCUCCAGACAACAUCCUCUACACACGCUCUUUCCUGCGAGACAAUCUACUUAGACAAUGUCACAUUGUCUUCAACAGCUUCCGAAAUCACAUUGUCUGCAACAGAUAUCCACUCCGACAUUGUCUCAUUAGAAAAGACAUCAACAGUAACCGCUAGUGACUUGUUCGAAGUUUUCGACCACACAAGAGAACCAUCAUCUGUUCCAUCAAUCUCAUACAAGAGAAUAUGGUUCGGAUACUCAAUUCCAAGAGUUGAAAUCAAAGCAUCAAAAUUCCACGUACCACAUUCCAAAUUGGAUGUUCCUUUCUCAUCAUCUGUCACCGAGUACAAGUUGAACAGCCCUACAACAAUCACUGUUUCAGCUAGUGAGUCUUCUUUGAGAUACAUUCUUGAAGAUUCAAACCCAACAAUGACAGCAUUGUUUACAAAACCGUCAACCCUCACAAUUGAAGGUAAUACCCCCUUAAUUUUACAGACCACCGAUAUUGUCAAUUUGAAGCCUCAACAAGAGACAUCUAAAUUACUCAUUAUGAGUGGCAGUAAGAUCAAAAUCGCUGCAACAGAUGUCAAGAAACUUAACAUGGCAAAUACUCUUGAAUCAAAGAUCUACAUUCCAGCUGAUACAACAUACAACAACGUUGAUGCAAAUGUAUCAUCAGUAUCCAUAUACAACAAUGAUGAUUUGAUCACAGCAUUGAGUGACUUCACUGAGAACAAUAACAAGGUUUACCUCGAGAACAAUAACAAGAGAAUACAAUUAAAAGUAAACAUCGAUGGAACAGGAAUGACAACAAGUCCAAUCGGUGUUAAAAUUGAAGAUGGAACAACAACAAUUAUCAAUGUAACAAAUGCUGAUGAUAAAGUAGAACUUACAAUUAAUUACAACUCAACAGAUGCAUCAGUACAAGUUAAUGGCAAUGUACAAUUAGUUUCUGAAGAAGGAGAAAACGUUGAAGCAUCACAAUUCAGUUUGUCAAGCGAUAAGAAGAAGAACAUCGGUUUAAUUAUUGGUAUCGUUAUCGCUUGCCUUGUAUUUAUUGUCAUUAUCAUUUUGAUCAUUAUCUUCUUGACACCUGUUGGCGAUAAACUGAAUGUGACAACGUAUGGUCCAUUUGCAGGAGAAGCUUCUGAAUCAGAAACAACACCAGACAUCCUCAAACCAACAUUCGAUGAAUUGAUGACAAAUCCAAACGCAAUGAAAGUUUACCAGUUCCAGAACGAAGACGAAACAGGAAAUCCAUUCGAUGAUAAUAAUGCCGAGGAAUCAGGAUUCUUCACAGGUCAGAACAAUAACACUGGAUUCGAAGGAUCAAAUAAUAACAAUUCUGCGGAUAAUGAUAAGAAAUUCUACUGGAAUGGUAACUUCUGGUAA